AUGCGAGCAACGAUUCAUUGCUCCCGAACGCUGCCUGCGCGGCACGCUCACAUGCUGUACAGUACUGUGCUUCUGCUUUGGCUCAUCGUCCCCGUCCUGUUUACUAGCGAACCUGCUCAUUUUGAAGCAAAAAAUCUAGUUAGGCGACACUACGGCGGCUACUGCAAUCCAUCUUGUCCUUGCAACCCUUUGGACAUAAUAAUCUGCUGUUGUCCACCGCAGACUCCAGCACCUACGGAAACUCCAACUUCUUCUACCAGUAAAUCUCGUAAGGUCAUCGCCGCAAUCAUUUCUUUUAUACUAUAUACGAUGUUUAUCUAA